AUGGCGGGCUCUCUUUUGGCAGAUCUCUCACGAAUGGGCUCUGAGAAUGCCUUCACAGAUCUCUUGUUGACGGCACAAGGAGGUCACCAGAGGGAGGCCAACUGUGUCAUUCUUGCAGCACGUUCCAACGUUUUCAAGCAGAUGCUCUCCUCAGAGAUGCAAGAGGGUCAGCUGCGCUCCGGGAAACGCCAUGUGCAUCUUCAUGAGUCGCCCGAGGUUUUAGACCACUUGCUUGAGUGGUGCUAUGCAGAUACCUUGCGAGACCUGGACUUGUUGGCCAGCAUGGAAUUGUUAAAGGCGGCUGACUGCUUCGAGAUCAGGGGCCUCCUGCAGAAAUGCUCUCAACGUGUCUCCAAGCUCUUGACAGCAGAGCUGCUUCCAGAAGCCAUCACAUUGGCGCAACAGCUGUCUUGCUCAGAGCUUUGGAAAGCUUUGGCCACAUUUGUGGCCAAAGACGAAAAGAUACUUUCCAGGUUUUCUGAAGCUCCGUUUGAGCUCCGGUCUUUGGCUCUGUCGGAGCGGAAAAAGAUCUUGGAGAAAAACCUUGUAGAGCUCCGCUUACGCCUGGCGCAUGUGCCCGCGCCGAGACCCGCCAUCGUUUUCUGGCGGCAGAGCUUCUCUGAAGCACAGCAGGACUAUUUGGUCCGAGAGGCGCUCGAGUCUCGGACGGAGAGCGUGUCAAAAGCACUCUUCCAAGGUUACAGGGACAAUGCUCCUGCACACUUCCGUGAGGCCUGUGCCAGGAGGUGGAAAGACCUUGAUGACCAGACCCGAUGUGGCUUUGAGGUCAGUGCGCUUGAGGAUGAAGAGAAAUCCCAGCAUUCAAAAGAACACCUCGAGCAACAACUCAUAGAGGUUUCGAAGGAGAUCAAGUCUGUGAUUGCUUUACAAGCAGAACCUGAUAAACUGGAUAGUGCUGCUGCAGGGUAUCCACAGGCCUGGACACAAGCUGUUCCUGGUGCUAAAGUCCCAGUGGCACAGCAGCGUGUUGAGGCGGGAUCUGAUGUCCCCCAGACUGCACCAGGUCCUGCAGCCAUAGAGCCAUCUGCCUCGCACGACAGCAGCACUAAACCAGAGCCGCCGGAUGUGCCAGAAUCCAUGGGGUGGGAGGCACAGUUUGCCUGGGGUCUGUACUAUAGCAAACGGGCUUGCUUUGCCAGUGAGUCGGGUGCUGGACCCUGGGCUCUUGACCGCAAGGGAUCCAGAGCCGGUGUGCCGCAAGAAAUGUUGCGGUCGGAGGAGCUUUUGGAUGUGUCCAUUCAAGCAGCCCCUCAAGAAGAGAAACGGAAAAAGCUAGCAGAGCGCGCUUUGCGCCUCUACUACCAUGCAAAAUGGUUGGCCGAACGUAAUCAUGCCACUGCGGCGGAGUGGCGGUAUCGGGAGGCUAGCCGCUUAGCGCUCCAAACCCGGAGGAAGGUUUUGGCCGCCCAUGCUCUCGGGCGCUUUGGGUACUUCCUGAUCCAUUGGAACCGUCGCCAUGAGGCAAAGGAGGUGCUUCGUGAGUCUCGCCGGAUCAGCUCCAAGUCAAAAGCUGAGUGGUUGAAUGACAUUGGGAAUGCUGCGAGAUGUUUGGUUGGCGGUUUCUCGGUCCGCGGUUUCCAGUUGGUGGAACAAUGUUUUUUUUGA